AUGGCGCUGGGUGAGCCUCCACCUGGGAUAGACCUAUACGCCGAUCGCGGACCGGUGAAGAUCGCACCGGUGAUCGCAACCUAUGUCAUUGCGGUGAUAGCUGUCGGGCUUCGGUUCUAUUCACGAGUACGAGUCCAAGCCGUGCGAAUAGCGGCAGAUGAUUGGUUGAUCGCGGCUGCCUUGCUGGUUUUGUCUGCAGGUUUCGCGUUGGUUGUUGUUGCAAGUGGAAAUCCCGGUCUCGGAAAGCACAUAUGGGUUGUCCCUCACACCCAAGCCGAGGAUGUGAUGCACACCCUGUUCGCGUUCGUCCUGCUCUACUUGGUCAGCAAUCCGCUCAUUAAAUUGUCGAUCCUCCUCUUCUACCGCCGUAUCUUUGGCAUGACAAAUUCAAUGUGGUUCUAUCCCAACGGAGGAAGAUGUGUCUACGACAUCUACAAAUUCUACAUCAGCUAUGCUGCGGUCAAUGUGGCCACGGAUGUGUCCAUCUUGAUGGUUCCAAUGCCCAUUGUGUGGAAGCUGCAAAUGCCAAGGACACAGAAAAUCCUCGUAUGCGGUAUCCUUUUGAUUGGAGGAUUGUGUGUCAACCCCUUCCCCGACAGCCAAGUGCAUUUGACUCAAAAGCUCAUGAUUUUUCUCAGUGUCUGCGUUACCAGCUUCGUCCGGAUUUAUUACAUUCACUUCCUCAGAGCCCACGAUUACACCUGGGUUGUCGGCAACGUCUUUCUCUGGUCCAGCAUUGAGCCCUCCAUCGGCAUCUUGUGCGCCUGUCUGCCAACAUUGCAUCCAAUGAUCCGCUCCGUUAUCUCUCGCGUGUUUGGCAUCAGCUCGAACAGGUAUGAUUCAAAGAAACAGGAGACAACGAACAAAAGAACCAUUGUUCGAAGACAGAGGCCACUAGACUGGGACGAGACCUUGUUGACCACCCGGGACGUACAAGUCGAGAUGAGCGGAGUCAGGAGAGAAUAUGGCGAGGAUGGGCAGAUUACGGUGGACAUGGACUUCCGAAUUGUCGAAGAGAGCAAUCAAUUAAAUAAACGUUAG